AUGCCCGUGGUCCUGCUCGCGCUGCGCUCCGUGCUCCUCUCCGUCCUCAGUAGCAGGCUGACCCGCGCGCUCGCGCAGCACCUCCGCAGGCUCCUUUCCGCGGCCUCCUCGCGCUUCGCCGCUGCGCUGCGGCACGUGUGGGAGCGGCUCCGCUCGCAGGAGUCUAAGGAGGCGAUCCUGGGCUGCGUGCUGUGCAUCCUCAACAUGCACAAGAAGGUGGACAGCAACUGA